CACACACGUCUGUCGCUUGUUUUGGUUUUGUUCUUCAUGUAGAUGCGCUGAGAAGCGCGAGCUGCUAUUGGCUGCAGUGAGAUCAUUCUACACGGUUUUCGGGCAGUGGUUCAUGACUAACGGGAAAAAUGAUGGAUUAUGAUUCACGGGGCUUGUUUAAAUGACUGACAGCUCUGCCGACCAAUCACGAGAGGAGUUUCGGUUCCUCGCUCGUCUCGAUUCCGCGCGUGCUCUGAAUGCUUCGAUCUGUAGAACACACGAUCGUCUUCAGUGAUAGUGAGCGCGCUCGCAGGUCGUUCCCGAUGAGUGUGCGCUUCCGUGCAAAUAUCACCGGAAAUAAUGUCGACUUGGUCAUCCGCGAUGUUUUAUAAGUGUUCAAACUUACAGUAACUCAUAUGAUGUGAUGCCACUCUGAAGUUACCUGCCUUUAUGUCACAAUGGACACUUCACAUCAUUUCCUCUUACUGAUGCUUUUGCACUAUGCAAUAGGCUCCAAUGAAGGCUGUGUGGAAAUUCUUGAGGUGGGAAAAAACGUCACUGCCAAGAAGUGUCCUCCACUGAAACCAAAGAAUCUGUCAUGCAUUGCUGUGCAAGAGGACAAAAAAAUUUCCCCUAACUUAAACUGUAGUUGGGAUCCAGGAUCACGAGACCCGCUGCUCGACACAACUUACACUGUUUAUGUCUAUGUAAAUGUUUCAUCCCAAACAUAUAAAGCUGACUGUAACCAGCGUCUUGCAAGAUACUGCGUUGUCAAUCUGGUUUAUUUUCCAAAUCAUGUGCUUUUGACAGUGUGGGUUGAAGUGAAGAAUGCUCUGGGGUCAGAGCGGUCAGACACACUUGAAGAAUAUUCUAAGGAUUUUGCAAAACCAAAUCCACCAUCGAAUAUCCAAGUCCUCACUGAAGUGAACAUCCCCACAUCUCUCAUGGUUACUUGGAAACAUCUCAUUAAAAAGAAUGUUUUGACGCUUUCUUAUGCCAUCAGAUACCGCAAAGCAGCAUCCGAUGUUUGGGUGAAGGUGCCCAAGAACUUGACCAGAGGGGGCAAUGAGUCGUACAUACUGCAGUCUCUGGAGCCUUACACUCAAUACGUGGUGCAGAUGCGAUGCAUUGAGGAAAAUUACAGCGGUUACUGGAGUGACUGGAGCGCCAGCAUCACAGGAAACACCGCAGAAGCCAAUCCUCCACUGAAACCAAAGAAUCUGUCAUGCAUUGCUGUGCAAGAGGACAAAGUCAUUUCCCCUAACUUAAACUGUAGUUGGGAUCCAGGAUCGCGAGACCCGCUGCUCGACACAACUUACACUGUUUAUGUCUAUGUAAAUGUUUCAUCCCAAACAUAUAAAGCUGACUGUAACCAGCGUCUUGCAAGAUACUGCGUUGUCAAUCUGGUGAAUUUUCCAAAUCAUGUGCUUUUGACAGUGUGGGUUGAAGUGAAGAAUGCUCUGGGGUCAGAGCGGUCAGACGCACUUGAAGAAUAUUCUAAGGAUUUUGCGAAACCAAAUCCACCAUCGAAUGUCCAAGUCCUCACUGAAGUGAACAUCUCCACAUCUCUCAUGGUUACUUGGAAACAUCUCAUUAAAAAGAAUGUUUUGACGCUUUCUUAUGCCAUCAGAUACCGCAAAGCAGCAUCCGAUGUUUGGGUGGAGGUGCCCGAGAGCUUCACCAGAGGGGACAUUGAGUCGUACAGACUGCAGUCUCUGGAGCCUUACACUCCAUACGUGGUGCAGAUGCGAUGCAUUGAGGAAAAUUACAGCGGUUACUGGAGUGACUGGAGCGCCAGCAUCACAGGAAACAACGCAGAAGCCAAGCCAGCAAGCGCACCAGAUCUUUGGAGAAUCAUCCAGCCCAGUUCUAAUAAUAGAAAUGUCACUUUAGUAUGGAAGGCUCCUGUAAAAAUGAAUGGAAAAGUAAAGGGAUAUUACCUGAAUAUCUUUCAAGAUGAUGUGAUGUUUAAAAGCUACAAUAUAACAACAGAUAAGAUCAGCCAGAUGUAUUCGAUGGAGCUGCCACCAAAUAAAACAGCCAGUAUUGAACUAAUUGCUAGCAAUUCAGUUGGAGCGUCUCCUAAAUCAACUUUAUUCAUUCCAAGAUCAGGUCAAGAGCCUCCUGGUGUGGAGAAUAUGAGCUGGUCGGUGCGUGAUGAAAAGCUGCAGGUGGAGUGGACUGCUGUCACGUCUCUUUGUGAUGGCUUACAUCUCUCUGAAUACCUGCUGGAGUGGGUGAACAUCCCCCAGCUUCAGACGGAGUGGCAGCGAGUCUCUAGCAGUGUCACCAACACACACAAUAAGGGGGUCACAAAUGUGAUUUUAGAAUAUACUCCUAAUAUUGGCCCACUCAGCGGAUGUCUGCAGUUUCACUGUGAAACCAAUCUUUUUGGGAGCAAUGUAGGUGACCAAAUGUCUUUCCCCCCUUCCCAAGGUGAUUUGGAGAAAUUAAAGCGGUACAACAUAUCAGUGUAUCCAAUUUACAAGUACAAGACACACUUCCAAGCAGGACGUCCCGUAACCAGACCAGCCUACGUUCAACAAGGAACUCCAGAAAGGGGUCCAACUGUCAAAGUAGACAAAUUCAAGAAGAACAGUGCUGAGCUGACCUGGGAGGAGAUUCCACUGGACAUACAGCAUGGAUUCAUCACCAACUACACCAUAUUCUAUGCCAUCGGGAACACUAAGAAAUGGGAAUCACCUGUGACGGUGGGCCCUAAUGUCCAUUCAUAUGUGCUGAUGGGUCUGGCCAGUGAAACCGAUUAUGUGGUUAACGUCAUGGUGUCAACAGUAGCAGGCUCUGUAAAAGGCAUGGAUUGUACGUUCAAAACCAUGAAAUACGGCGAUGGAGAGGUGGAGGUGAUUGUAGUGGUGGUUUGCCUCAGCUUCCUGUUCCUGACUGUCUUUGUAAUGUUAUGCCUUCGGAAAAGAGAAGUGAUUAAGAAGCUGUUGUGGCCGCAGGUUCCAGACCCGUCUGACAGCUCGAUUGCCCACUGGUCACCUGAUUUCCCCAUAAAGACUGAUGUGCCCAAAGAAGAUGUUAGCGUGGUGGAAGUGGACACCUUUGACGGCAAGUGUCUGUGCGAGGAAGACAAAACCGUGCUGCCACUGAAGAAGAACAAGUAUCACUCUGAGGAGCACAGCAGCGGCAUCGGAGGCUCAUCCUGCAUGUCCUCGCCCCACCACAGCGUGUCGGACAGCGACUCGGGUGACUCGGGCCAGACCACGGCCAGCACCGUGCAGUACUCCUCAGUGGUGGCAGGUGCCUACAAGGGCCAGACUUCCAACCAUCAGCCUCCAGUUUUCACUCGCUCUGAGUCCACACAGCCGCUUCUGGACAGUGAGGAACAUCUAGAGCAUCUCAGCGAGAGCGGCGACCAGUCCAGGAGCUCGUACUUCAGACGAGGCCGAGAACUCGAGCUGGGCGUCGGUCAGGAAUGCGAUGGAGCCUCUCUUACUUUCUGUCCAGUGCAGGAGGAGACGUCUCCUGUCGCAGAGGAUCCACCCACCUUCACCUUAAGUUACAUGCUGUAGCAGAGCGACUAUUGACCUCAGUAAAACAUUUGAACUGAUGCAGGUGCUUUGGAGAUGGCCCUAAGCUACUGUAUUUAGUGUCAUCUUUUCACAGAAUCUUGAUGUGCCUUUGCUGAACUUUUCAUUUGGCAUUUUAAUGGGAUUGCAAGCUUCCGCAGAUAUGUAUGGUAACACUAGACUGCUCCCUUUAAAAAGCUGUCAGCACUUUGAGAUGUCACACUGCCAUGUGCCUUCCUUUUGCCUAACUGAUUUAAUAUGUUGCUGUUGUUUUGAACCAUAUAUAUGGUAAGUUGUAGCAUUGUGUAAAAUAAUUUUCUAAUGGAUUUCCCUUUUCAUUUUAGUGCUGCUGAUUUUUUGCCUCAAGCUCACAUCUGAUUGGUCUGUGGUUCGUCAAUGUGCAGCUGUAACGUUUCCAGUGAACACGGCUUCAAUUUAGCUUGCUUCCAAAAUAGACACAGAGCUGUUUAGAAAACUAUGAACAAUUUGCGCCAUUAUGUUAUUGACGUGUUAUUGAUGAUGGUAUUAUGAAUAUUCAUAUUUUUAACAAUAUGCAACAGAAUGUCAACCCUAGCUUGAGUUAACCUUGCUUUCAUGUUCCUCAUGAUCUUUUUCUCUAGGAUAAAACUAACACUACAUUGAA